AUGAAGCUCUCGCCGUCAAAAUAUUUACCCGUUCUUCUGGGAACUUUGUCUUUAACCAUUGCGAACCCAUCAGCCGAUUGUAAAUGCUUCCCUGGCGACGACUGCUGGCCUUCGGCGGCGGAAUGGAAAGCCCUCAACACCUCCGUUUCAGGGAACCUUAUCAAGACUGUUCCUCUUGGUGCGCCAUGCCAUGACCCGAUGUUUAAAGGGGACGUAUGUCAAUCUCUGAGGCAACAGUGGCAGAAUGCUACAAUUCACUGCGACCCAUUUCAACCACGGAUUCGUCCAUGCGAGCUAGGUAACUAUGUUUCUUAUGCUAUUGCUGCUGAGACAACUUCCGAUGUCCAAAACGCGAUAGCUUUCGCACGUGCAAAUCAUAUUCGCCUCGUUAUUCGCAACACUGGCCAUGACUAUCUGGGUCGCUCGACAGGCGCAGGCGCGCUUGGCGUGUGGACGCACCACCUCAAAAACAUCGAGUUUGUGGAUUGGGAUGAUGAUACUUAUACAGGUAAUGCUGUCAAGUUAGGUGCCGGUGUCCAGGGAUUUGAGGUCCUAGAAGCAGCCAGAAGUCGAGGGCUUGUGGUUGUUGGUGGAGAGUGCCCUACCGUUGGUAUCGCUGGUGGCUACUCUCAGGGAGGUGGCCAUUCUGCACUUUCCACAAGUUUUGGUUUAAGUGUUGAUAAUGUUCUCUCAUGGGAG